GCGCUCCCCUCCCCCUCCCUCGCCGUCGCCCGCGGCCCGCGCUCGCCCCCUCCCCACCCCUCCCCCGCCUCGGUCCCCGCCGCGGUCUCGGACCACUAGGACCAUGCGAUCGGCCGUGUUCAAGGCGGCCGCGGCGCCCGGCGGCGGCAACCCGGAGCAGCGCCUGGACCUGGAGCGGGCGGCGGCGCUGGGCGGGCCCGAGGACGAGCCCGGGGCGGCCGAAGCCCACUUCCUGCCGCGGCACCGCAAGCUCAAGGAACCGGGGCCACCGCCCGCCGCCGCCUCAGCCCAGGCCCGCGGCGCGGUGCUCCCGGCCGGUGCGGCGCCCGGGCAGCCUGAGGAGAACUGGGGCGGAUCGGCGCCGCUACCCUGUCCGCCGCCCGCCACCAAGCAGGCCGGCAUCGGCGGGGAGCCGGCCGCGGCGGGCGCGGGCUGCAGCCCUCGGCCCAAGUACCAGGCGGUGCUGCCACUGCAGACCGGCUCGCUCGUGGCCGCCGCCAAGGAGCCGGCGCCCUGGGCCGGGGACAAGGGCGGGGCGGCCCCGCCGGCGGCCACCGCGUCGGACCCGACGGGGCCCCCUCUGCUGCCGCUGCCUGGGCCACCGCCCCUCGCGCCCAGCGCCGCGGCCGGGACCCUGGCGGCCGGCGAGGCCCGAUGGAAGGGGGUGCGGAAGAGCCCUCUCGGGGGUGGCGGCGGCUCGGGGGUCUCCAGUCAGGCCGCCUGCCUCAAGCAGAUCCUGCUGCUGCAAUUGGACCUCAUCGAGCAGCAGCAACAGCAGCUGCAAGCCAAGGAGAAGGAGAUCGAGGAGCUCAAGUCCGAGCGGGACACGCUCCUUGCUCGGAUUGAACGUAUGGAAAGACGGAUGCAGCUGGUAAAGAAGGAUAACGAGAAAGAAAGGCACAAGCUGUUUCAGGGCUAUGAGACUGAAGAGAGAGAGGAAACAGAGCUCUCUGAGAAAAUUAAACUGGAGUGUCAGCCAGAGCUCUCGGAGACGUCCCAGCCUCUGGCUCCCAAGCCUUUCUCGUGUGGGCGGAGUGGAAAGGGACACAAAAGGAAAACCCCAUUUGGAAGUACAGAAAGAAAGACUCCUGUUAAAAAGCUGGCUCCUGAAUUUUCAAAAGUCAAAACAAAAACUCCUAAGCACUCUCCCGUUAAAGAGGAACCCUGUGGUUCCUUAUCUGAAACUGUUUGUAGACGUGAAUUGAGGAGCCAAGAAACCCCAGAAAAGCCCCGGUCUUCCGUGGACACCCCACCGAGACUCUCCACUCCCCAGAAGGGAUCCAGCGCCAAUCCCAAGGAGAAAGCCUUCUCCAGCGAGACCGAAGACCUGCCGUACCUUUCCACCACAGAAAUGUAUUUGUGUCGUUGGCACCAGCCUCCCCCGUCGCCGUUACCAUUACGGGAACCCUCUCCAAAGAAGGAGGAGACUGUAGCAAGAUGUCUGAUGCCAUCAAGUGUUGCAGGAGAAACUUCAGUCUUGGCUGUUCCUUCUUGGAGGGACCACUCAGUAGAACCUCUAAGGGACCCAAAUCCUUCAGAUCUUUUGGAGAACCUGGAUGACAGUGUGUUUUCUAAGCGGCAUGCAAAACUAGAGCUGGAUGAGAAGAGAAGGAAGAGGUGGGAUAUUCAGAGGAUCAGGGAACAAAGAAUUUUACAGCGACUGCAGCUCAGAAUGUAUAAAAAGAAAGGAAUUCAGGAAUCGGAGCCUGAGGUUACCUCAUUUUUCCCUGAGCCAGAUGAUGUUGAAAGUUUGAUGAUUACCCCCUUCUUGCCUGUUGUAGCAUUUGGACGACCAUUACCAAAAUUAACUCCACAGAAUUUUGAGCUGCCCUGGUUGGAUGAGCGUAGCCGAUGCAGGCUGGAGAUCCAGAAGAAGCAAACCCCUCACCGGACGUGUAGGAAGUAGCUGUGCCGCAGGAACCCUCUGUCUUCAGAUAGUUGUAGUGCGCCAUUCCCUGAGAGUGGCAGAGACCCGUAUGUGUGACCUGUGUGUUCACGUAUGUCACCGUUCACUGACAGUGCCCUCCCAUGCGCCUCGAUUCGUUUCGUUCUCACAAAAACUCUUUCAUUGGGCUAACUGUGAAUUACGGAGGGGGUUGGGAUGUCUUUUCCCUUUCGGGGAUGUGAGCUCUCAAGCUAAAUUUGUAGGCUGGCAGAUUUGGAAGUUUCAGUGUGUGCUUCUAUACAUUGUCCUGAACCAAAGGGUGCAGGGGUGCUUGCUCUGCCCGAGACACAGGAGGACAAGCAAACCAGCACUCGGAGCUAUGGUCACCUGGCCCUCUUCUCGCCCUGGUGUACCCUCCAGAUAAUUGGGGCAUAGUGGUUUUUAUCCUAGAAUAAAGCAAAAAAGUCUCGCCAUGAGCAUUAGGACUGGUGAAGAAUAACUAGCAAGUGGUGAACAAGUCCUCUUCUCAGAGCAGGAUAAGAGAUGCGCAAAUGGUGAAAAGAUAGCUGCCCAACACAGCCAGGUGGGGAAGGGCCAGGUGGGAAAGGUGUUGGUUAUUUUCUUAGUUAAUGAGUAACUGAUGCUCUUCAGGGGGCUGCUCUGAAAAUCAAAUCUCUGGAAAGGAAAAUGGGGUAUUAGUUUCGGACUGUCUGCAGCCUUAAACAGAAGCAGUCAUUUGGGGACCCCCUGCCGGACCCACGUGACUGUCCUUGUCACGUCCCUUCCCGAGUGUCCCUUGGUUGGGGUUCAGCUGGUAGCUGAGCCCUUGGUGGCAGGGUAGGGCAGUUGGGGGGUGGAGGUUGAAGAAACGCGGACCCCUUUGCCUGGCAAACAUCUGCACCUUGGAACACACGGCUGGACCUGACGAGCUUCCCCACGCGCUUGGUAAACUAGAUUGUACGUGCGUCGUCUUGGUCCCCCUCCCUCGCCCAUUUUGUUUAAAAAAAGGAAGAAAAAAGUUCAGGACAGCACUCCCGGGCCACCCGGUUAACUAUCUGGAAGGAAAAUAGAGCCAAGACCUCGGGUCUUAACUACAUAGGAAUUGCCUUUCGUUAGUUUUCAGGACUAUUGUGUGAAAACAAGUAGGGGUCUAAUCUCCUAGGAGGUAGGGGCUUUUAUCCUUGAAGAGAAGAUGUCCCCAGAUUCUUAGCACUUUUAGAGGAGAAGCCAAGGUAUGUGGGGUGCGGGGCCGGCCCCUCGGUGGAGCGUGAGAGGGUGGUUUACCCUGGUGGGGAGAGAGAACCCUCAGGGGCCUCCACUGCUGAGGCUCAUCUGUGCCCCCAGGUUCACUUGGAGAGGAACUGCUGCAGCGGUAUGUGUGGUGUUCUCGGAUGAUCUUGCUGCUCUUAUUUCUCCUUUGUGUGCAUGUGUGCCUGCGCGCAUGCGUGCGUGUACAAGUGUGCGUGAGUGUGGCUGUAGGUUUUCAUUUGUAAUUCCAUCUGCUUAGGAGAGGGGACUGUCUGUAAAGGGACCUGCUGUAAACUUCACUGCAGCAAGGGUGUAGGGUGAAAUAGGACUUUAUUCCACUAGGGGCUCUCAUCUCAUACCUUAAGGACAAGAUUUCUAGAGAAACUGGGCCAGGUUUUCUUUGUUCUCCAUGAUUUUAACGUGGCAAGCUGUUCUGUGUUCCUACCACUGACCUGCCUACCUUAUGUUCCUUUAUAAUGUGCCCUGAAUAGAAAACACCCCAAUCAGUGUCUUUAUGAUCCUGCUCAGUUUCUUCUUGGUUUCAGCCUUUAUCACGGUCCUAAUUUUGGGUAAGAGUUAGCAAAUUUAAGCUUCACAUUUUUGCCCUACACAGGGGCCUCCUCAGACACUGAACUCUUAUUUAGACUGCGAGAAUCCAUCAGGUGCUAUCUGGCCAGACUUAAGUGGAUUCUUUUCCUCUCUUCUCCUUCCCUUGAGGACGUCUUCUGUUAUUGUCCCUCUUCAAGAUCUGUUCUCCUUUGAUUUGGGUGUGUUGAGGUUUACUGAGAAGGAGGUUGGAGCGAAGUUCCAAGAGUUGAAAUCACAGUGUGUUAGAGCAUGGGGGGAAAAUCAGUCUAAUUUUUCCUUACAUGGGAUAAAACGUGAAGUUCAAUCUUCCACCGAAGGCCCUGCAGUUCUCCUAAAACAUAGUUCUUUGUUUCUUUCUUUAACAAAGUUUAAGCUAGCGUUAAUAAAUUAAAGAGAAAUUGCUUGUCUCCACUUCAGCUUUGUUUUAUGCUCAUUUCAUAUUGUUGUCUGUGUUGUAAUUCAUACUUUUGAUACCAUUUCUGAUGUGUAAAAUUGGUUGUCUUGUAAAUAUCUUAUAAAGAGUUCAAUUGUAAAUAAACUAUUGUGGCUGUUAA